AUGAAGGUCGAGUUUGCUCCGCUCUCUGUGCCGCUGCAGAGAAGGCUUCAGACGGCAUCAGUGAUUCAAUGGGUCUUCAGCUUCCUAUGUCUAGCACAGUGCUGCACAGUUGCCUUCAUCGGCCUCUUCUUCACGCGUUUUUGGCUGGUCAGUGCCCUGUACGCUGCAUGGUGGUUCAUAGACAGGGAAAAACCCAGCAAGGGCGGGAGGCGGAUCCAUGCCAUCCGGAACAGCGCCAUCUGGAGGUACAUGAGGGACUAUUUCCCCAUCACGCUGGUGAAGACGGCGGAGCUGGACCCUAGGCAGAACUACCUGAUGGGAUUUCAUCCCCACGGGGUCCUGGCAGCAGGAGCCUUUAUCAAUUUCUGCACAGGGGCAUCGAGCUUUUCCACGCUCUUUUGCAUCACCCCACACCUGAUGAUGCUCUCCCUGUGGUUUCGCAUCCCCUUCUUCAGGGACUACCUGAUGAGCGGAGGUCUUGUCUCCUCCGACAAGGAGAGUGCAUCCUACGUGCUGCAGAAGCCAGGGGGUGGGAACAUGCUGGCCAUCAUCGUUGGAGGGGCACAGGAGGCGCUGGAUGCUCAGCCAGGAUCCUACACCUUGCUGCUGAAGAAUAGGAAGGGAUUUGUCCGCCUGGCCAUCAAGCACGGCACCCCUCUGGUCCCCAUCUUUUCCUUUGGGGAGAAUGACCUCUACAGGCAGGUGAGAAACCCCAAGGGCUCCCGGCUGCGGCAGCUCCAGCACCGGCUCCAGCAGAUCAUGGGCAUUUCCCUUCCCCUCUUCCAUGCACGAGGCAUCUUCCAGUACAGCUUCGGGCUGAUACCCUACCGGCGGCCCAUCUGCACUGUCGUUGGGAAGCCAAUUCCAGUGCAGAGGAAGCCCAGACCCUCCGAGGAAGAGGUUGAUCAAGUCCACCAGAAAUACUUAAAUGAAUUGUGCAAGCUCUUUGAGGAGCACAAAGCUAAAUAUAACAUCCCAGAAGACAGGCACCUGGAAUUUAUAUAG